GAAAUUGGUCAAGUGGUUACAUAUUUAUUAUCUGUCAAAGAUAGUAAAAAAACAUUUUCUACAAUAGCGGAGCGAAACCAGCGAGUUUCCAUCCGCAAACGAGGAUGGAAACCAAUCGAUUACCGGUCGCUGAUUCGCGCGGAUUAAAAACGCGAGAACAUGUGUUGCCGUCUCGUGAAUCGUGGUAGAAGCUCGUAGCCGUGUCGCCAUCUCCUAAGCUGCCAGUUGCUUGUGUCAGAGAAUUCCGAUACGGAGUACUGUACUCCUCUCGAAAUUCGAGAAGCCGCCACCGAAUCAAGACCAAAUUUACUCCCGGGAACCUCUCGACAGAAAUAUCAAAAGGAAUACAAGAAAGUAUGAACAAUGGAUUCUCGAAAGUGGAGUAAAACACACCUCGGAAAACGUUCAUCUGGCCUAUUUUUGGAAUUUAUCAAAAGCAUCAAGCCCGCUAUGGGCGACGUACUCCAUGCUCGAAGCAACUAUUGAUUUCCAUGAAAACAUUAACCUUUUAAGGACGGGGAUUUUUACGUUGAAAUCGACCUUUUAUUUUACACGAAAUUUGUGUAUCAUAUCAAUGAAUUUCUCACGCGGAGUGUCCAACCAACCCAGUGGUCGAAAUUUCGACCACUCCCGUCCGCAACGUAAAGUCCAAUGUUAAAAAUUUGACUUGGCGAUUUAGGAAUGCUUUCCUACGUAAUUGGAUACGCUGAAUACAAAAAAAAUAGUAAAAGAUGUGCAAGACACAUCCUUGACCUUGAAAAUUACAUUUCAAGGUCAAAUUUAUUGCUUCUUCUAUUUUAACCCGAAAAUGAUAAGAAAUCCUCCGCAAGAAAAAACAAUGUACUGAUCUGUCGGUAGAAAAUAACGGUGAUCAAAUAUUUCGACUUUAUAUUAACCUUGAAGAUGCAUUUUACCAUACGCAAUACUAUUUUUUUCGAAUUCAGUGCACCAAAAUACGUGGGUAUACCAAUUUUUAGGUCGAAUUACUGAAUAAAAAAUUUGACCUUGAAAUCACUAUUUCAAGGUUAAAUAUGCUUCCUAGAAUGUUUACACUAUUCCUACUAUAUUCAACACAUAAUAUUAUCCCCAUAACAACUCGAAAAUAUUAUGAUACUUGAGUGGUCGAAAUAUCGACCAGUUCCGUCCUUAAAAGGUUAAAAUUACCAACUUUUCAAAAUUAAUUGUCUUUCUGAAAACGCUGAAAAAAAGAUUUGUCACAAAAAAGUCAAAAGUUUUCACCGGAGGGGAGAUUAACAAGUUUUUAACUGAAGUUCCCCACAUUAGAUUUUUGGCAAUGAAGGUUGUAGCUGUUUCUAAACUAUUCGCUGCAUACCGAGGAUGCGAAUUCAUCAACAUGAAUUGCAAUGACGUGAAUCAAUAAGGAAAUUUGAUUCUGGUGAAAUUAAAUGACACCAAAAACCGCACAACGAGAUGCUUUGCAAUAGAAAAUGAAAUGGCUCUAAUUGUGAAGAAAUACAUCACACUGCGUCCACCAAAUGCACUCAGCAAGACAUUUUUUUUCGGCCACAAAAAUGGAAAGUGCACCGUUCAGGUCAUUGGAAAACACACGUUUGAAAAAAUACCUGAGCAGAUUGCGGAAUUUCUGGGCUUGGAAGGUCCAGAAAGAUGCAUCGGACACAUCUUCCGUUCUACCACAGUGCUUGUUGACUCACAAGCCAACAUGGAAACACUCAAACGUCACAGAGAGUGGAAAUCUUCAACAGUUGCCAAAGGUUACAUAGCUGACUCGAUUAGACACAAAAGAAAUACUGGCUCAAUGAUUGACAACAUCAAUAAAUCAUCAAUGUCUAAAACUGCAUUCGUAAUUCCAACUUCAACAGUUUCAAAAGCACCGGAUUCGACAAAUUCACAACCUCUGAAAAAAGCCAAAUUUAGUGACUCGAUGAUCUCCAACAUGAUCAACCUACCGACUAUGACCUUGACACUUGCAAAAGCACCAGACUAAACCACAACAAUCGAUAUUCAACUUGAAGAUCCGAAUACUGAAUAUGUCUUGGAUGCAUCAGAUUCGGAGGACGUUAUGGUGGAACUUGUCAGCAACUCAAGUGCUGUAACCAAUGCAAUGAAAGCCAAAAAUCCAAACAGUUAUUAAUAUAACAGGAUGUAACUUUUAUUUUGGGAAAAAAUAAAUGUAAAAAAAAAAAAAGUCAGUAGUAGCUAUUCCGAUUGUCUUACAAGAACAAAGUAAUUUAUAAGGUUUAGAACAUUGAACUU